AUGGCGGAAAAAUGUGACGGUGCAACUUCGAGCAAUAGCGAAGGCGAGAAAAAACCUUUGUCCCAGAUGCCGACGGUUGUUAUCGUGUUGGGAAUGGCGGGUUCGGGGAAAACAUCUCUAGUUCAACGGCUGAUCACAACACUGCACAUGAAACAAAAGCUGCCAUAUGUUGUCAAUCUCGAUCCCGCUUGCAUUGGAAUGCUUCCUUAUCCGUGCAACAUUGACAUUCGAGACACGGUGAAGUACAAGGAAGUCAUGAAGCAGUACGGUCUCGGUCCGAACGGUGGGAUCGUAACAUCUCUCAACAUGUUCGCAACCAAAUUUGAUCAAGUUCUGAAGUUGAUCGAACGUCGAGCGCAGUCCGUGGAUUGUCCAUACGUUAUUAUCGAUACGCCUGGUCAAAUAGAGGUGUUCACCUGGUCUGCUUCUGGAAACAUCAUCACCGAGGCAUUGGCUGCGUUUUUCCCCACCAUCGUUGUUUAUGUAGCUGACGUUGUUCGAAGUGCAAAACCAGUCACAUUCAUGUCAAAUAUGCUGUAUGCAUGCUCAAUUUUAUACAACGCAAAGCUUCCCUUCAUCGUAGCCCUGAACAAAAAUGACGUCAUAGAUUGCAAAUAUGCAAAGGAUUGGAUGAAGGAUUGGGAAAGUUUUUCAUCUGCUCUGGACAAGGAAACUUCUUACGUUUCAAAUCUUUCGAGAUCCCUUGCUUUGGCUUUAGAAGAAUUUUAUAAAAAUCUGCGGGCGGUAGGAGUCUCUGCAGUGACCGGAAAUGGCCUGGAUGAGUUCAUCUGUGCAAUCGAUUCGGCUCGUGAAGAAUAUUUCCAAGAGUAUCGACCAGAAUACGAACGGUUGAAAGCUCUGCGAUCUAAACAGGAGGGAAGUGGCAUGGCGAAAUUCGAAUCUGAUGUUAGUGAAGAACCCCAAAGUUCAACCGACGAGCUCUGCAAAAAGUUAUCCUCGGAAAUGCAUUUACGUUUUGGCGUCGAAGAUGAUGACGAAUCCGAGGAAGAAAUCUGUCAUGAUGCAGAAGAAGAGGGCGAUGAAGAAUUCAUGGCUGCUUUGAAGAAGAAAAGUUCAACUUGA